AUGGAUUCUGUCGUUUCUAAAGUGCACGUCGAGCUCGCCAAGCUUGCAAAUGAUUAUGCAAAUUCCGAGAAGGAAAACGUUACCCUUAGUCUCAUCUCAGACUUCCGGCGAGCCCUAUUCUCAAUUCUAGACGAAAAAAUUCGUAUCAGGGACCUUGAACAGUCCAGUGAGCUAAAAGAAGAAAUGACCGAACUGUUUAAAGGGGAAAAAUGUCCAGCGAAGCCCGCGUGGCCAUACCUUAAUCAGUUGGAUAAGUACGAUAGAUGCUCCGCUGAGAGGGGAUGUAAGUUUAAGUACGGAGCUGCUCUCUACAAGGCUUCAUGCGAGGAACACUAUGUGUGCACACAACAUAAGUCAAGCUCUUGCCUUGUGAAACACAAGAAGACAUCGAUUCAAAGCGACCAGUCUGAACACCACGCGACUAGCACAGAGGGAGGAACUGAAAGUCCGCUCCAAGAACAGCGAUUGAGUGCGGAUCUGGAAGGGAACACGUCCAAGAACGAAAGAGCAGACAAAAUAAGUAUAGGAGAGAAAAUGACAGGUAAAGGAACCUCGAAAGAUGGGAGAUUGACUGAUAUUGAAGAAGAGGACGAAGAGGAAGAAGAGGACGAAGAGGAAGAAGAGGACGAAGAGGAAGAAGAGGACGAAGAGGA